CAGCGAUUGGAUCCAAAGCACGGUUGUAUACGUGCCAAAUAUUCACGAAGUCUGCUACUUAAAAAAACAAAAAAAUGCGGAUUUUAGCACCAGUAUACUUCGUGUUCAGGAGUUUGCCAGUGAAAGUGUUCCUUCUCAGCGGAUUCCCUUGCCACAAUUGGCGAUACCUUCACAGAAACACUUGGCAACGUCAGUUGCUGAAAUUCGUCAUUCUGCCUGCCAUAAUAUUAACGGCUCUGACGUACGUGUUACUCUCACUCAACCAUUUCACAGUGUUGUGGCCAGAAAGGAAAUUCUUGUACAUGAACAAACGUGGGUAUAAGACCCUGUUAUGCGGUCUGCCGAAUCGGAGGUUUUCUUGGGAGACCCGUCUUCGCCAAACCUGGAGAUAUCCGGAUGCAAAUCAGCCCGCAGAAUCCGGGUUGUCCAACAUAACCUUCAGUCCCCCCGAGACCUAUUUGAGCUUCACUUACCCCUUGGAUGCACGAGGGGGUUGCAAGGUCAAUAAGGGAACAAGGACACGUGUGAACAUAGCACUGUUGAUACUCAGUUCAGCGAAAAAUUAUGAGCACAGACGGCUUGUGAGAGAGACUUAUGGAAGAAUCAUCGCCGAAAGUGACGAGAUCACCUUGUUAUUCAUGUUGGGGAAUGUUGACAAUCCUGAUUUGCAAGCAGAAUUGGUAGCUGAGAAUUCCGUUCACGGAGAUCUGUUGCAAAAUUCUGCGGAUGACGUCAGGUUCAACAUUGCCUUGAAAGAGAUCGCCUCGGUCAUGUGGGUAGAGAAAAACUGUCCACAUGUGACUCAUAUUAUGAAAACCGACGACGACGUUUACGUCAACGUCAAAAAUGCGAUAAAACAUGCGAGUCGUCAUAUGAAUGACCACAAGACUAUGCAUGGCUGGAAAAUGCCCCACCGGUGCUAUGACAAACAUUUCCUGAACGAUGCUAUAAGGAUUGUCUCUGGUAUAAACACAAGCUACGCACCAGAAUUGCGGUUCCCUUUUGAGCAGUUUCCAGACUUCCUCAUCCAGUCCUACAUGUACACGGGAUCCGCCAUGCGAUCCCUGACUUGGGAAGCUAUGCAAGGUCCAUUUUGGGCCAUAGAAGCUGAUGCAUAUCUAGCUGGAGUUUUGGCAGAACGAGCUCAAAUUGCUAGAAAGCAUGAUGGUCGGUUCAGAGUGUCCUUUGCAGAAACGAUCAUGACCAAGGAUGUGACUCCGAGUGCCGUCAUGUGGUUGUUCUACAAAAAUGCCAUCGUCGUAUCGCAUAUCCAUGCCCCAGGAUACCACUUGCUGCCUGACGAUAUGCAUUACCUCCACAAGCUUUUGUCUUGA